AUGAACUUGGUAAUGGAUCGCAAACGUAACACCUUUACCAGUUAUGUGGCACCUCCGGCAGGUGAUGUCUCAGCACUGGGCGAUGAUGAAUGGAACCUACCCGGUGAUAUGCGUGAUGUCCAUUUGGCAAAACCCCGUCUACUGACCAAUGAACUAGUUGUGGCCUCGGCACCAGCCUAUCUAUUCCCCUCCAUUGCCCCCAUAGAUUUUAGCGUUGAAGCAGAGGGUGGUGGUGCCAAGGGAUCUAAGGAAGCUGUCUUUGGCCUGCUCACUGUUACGAAUUUCAAAUUGGCCUUUGUCCCGCUGCAACGAGAAUCAACCUUGUCCUCCGUGGCCUCUCUGGCCCAGGAACAUUUGCUCCUCUCCCGCAAUGAUAUUACCCUCAAUAACAUCGACCACGUCUACCAGGUGGCGGAGACGGGCAAGGCCGUUAGCGCCCUGCCCGGCAAUGUGGGCAGGCGAAAAAAGAAACUUGAUGCCCAACAGAAACCGAUCAGUGGACGCAUUGCUGCCCUACAUAUUUUGUGUAAAAAUUUUCGCCUCCUCAAAUUUGCCUUUCAGUAUUCCAAAGGUGGCAAGGAUUGGGGUAAGCACAUCGCUUCCGCCCUGGCCCGAUUUGCCUUUCCCACACGGCAUGAUCUCAGCUUUGCCUAUUGCUAUAAGGAACCCUACUACUCGACCCUCUCCAAAUCAUCGGUCAGCAUGUAUACAACGAAAAAUGACUGGGCCCGGGAGCUGAUACGUUGCGGCACUUCCAAUUGGCAGGUGAUAAGUUCCGAUUCCGAACCUCUGCUGCAAAAUGAUCGCCACUCUUCCCGCUAUACAUUGCCUCCCCAUUUUGUCAUACCCAAGGCCUGCCAGGUGGAAGCAUUUCUCAACUGGACCCUGGCCUAUUGUGAUUCGAGGGCCGUCUUUUGGGUGUAUGGCUAUGGAAAUGCCUCACUGGUGCGUCUGGCUGAGCUGAAGAACACCCAGCAGGACAACACAACGGAAAAUGUAAUGUUGGAAGUGGUCCGAUCGACCAACGAUGAGAAGAAGAUACAUUUACUGCAGUUAACCGAUCGCUUGCCCACAAUUUUGGAUGUGCACAAGGCCUAUGAAAAACUGCGGCGUAUUUGUGCCCCCGAAAGUCCUCAACACUUCUCCGUGGAAGACUCGAAGUUUUUGGUACUGCUGGAGAAAUCCAAUUGGCUGUUCUAUGUGUCGUUGUGUCUGCGCUAUUCGUGUGAGGCAGCUGAAAAUUUGCGUGACGGCAUCACCUGUGUUCUGCAGGAGUCGAAUGGCCGUGACCUGUGUUGUGUGGUGUCAUCGCUAACGCAGAUUAUUUUGGAUCCCUUCUAUCGCACCAUUGACGGGUUUCAAUCGCUCAUACAAAAGGAAUGGGUUGCCUUGGAACAUCCAUUCCAGCGGCGUUUGGGUCACAUACGUCAACCGGCCGAUUCGAAUGGACCCCAGGAAGAAAGUCCGGUAUUCCUAUUGUUUUUAGAUAGUGUAUGGCAAUUGCUGCAACAAUAUCCCGAUGAAUUUGAAUUCUCCCAAACCUAUUUGACCACCCUCUGGGAUUCUUGCUUUAUGCCCAUCUUUGAUACCUUCCAGUUUGACUGCAAUGCGGAUCGCAUAAAUGCCGUUAAGGAGAGUCGUUUGAUAUUACGACCGGUGUGGGAUUGGUCGGAACAAUUUUUGGAAAAGGAUAAAAUGUUCUUCACCAAUCCCUUCUAUCAGAAACAAAAAACCGAAGUGCCCUGUCGAAGAUCAGUGGCCAUACCGGCCGGUGGCAUAAUGUUGCCCGGUUUGGCCAAGCCUCCCGUGGCUGCUCUACAACGUUCCACCAUGAUGCCAAACAGUCUGGUGGCACAAUCUUCCAUACCCAAAGAUCGUUUUCUCCAACCGGAUCAUCAAAUGUCGGCGCUGGCCAUAUGGGAACAAUGCUAUUACCGGUGGAUGCCCAUUGUUGAAAUAAAACGUGGUGGUUUUCCACAAAUCGAAUUGCAGCAUCGCAUGCUGCUAAGUAAUGUCUCGAAAUUACAAAGAUGUUUGGAUCUGCAGGAUUUUGAUGAUCUACCGGAUAUCUACUAUGAACUGAGUAAGGAAAAGAAACCGAUUGUGACACAACAUCAGGCUAGCGCUGUGGUGCCCAUAUCCCCUGAGAUAAUCGAUGGCGUUGAACGUCGUCGUCGCAUCUCACUGCCCCAGUCCAAUUCAGCCGCUGCCCUAACGGCGGAAAGUGUUUCCAGUGUUCUACCCGAGAUAUCCUCAUUCUUUCCGUUUAGUGUUAACACCGGAGAAACGCAACAAUUACACGACAUCCUAUCGAGUAGUCAUGAAUUUUUAUUGGAAGGUUCCAUAAUGGAUCGGUUGUCAAUUGCUUAGC